GACAGCAGGAACAGGAUCGAGGCUCUCCACACGCACAGCGGGAUGGAUGAGCGCCAUAUUGCGCUCGGGUGAGCAAGAGGGAGGGUUUAGAAAUCUGCGGCUGUGAGCUCCGGAUCAUCAUCGCACCCUUCAAACCUGUCGGAAGCCACAGUUUGAGACGUACCACGGACCGCACGUAUCUGUUUGAUUUUUUUUAACGGUUUGUUUGUUUGAAUCUUAACGGCUGCUCCUCGCGCACGGCAGGGAAAAACGACAGGAAAAUGCCGAAAGCGGUCAAUGUACGCGUCACCACCAUGGACGCUGAGCUGGAAUUUGCCAUCCAGCCCAGCACCACCGGCAAGCAGCUGUUUGAUCAGGUGGUGAAAACCAUCGGCCUGCGUGAGGUCUGGUACUUCGGACUUCAGUACAUGGACGGCAAAGGUUACUACACUUGGCUCAAACUGGACAAAAAGGUGUCGUCCCAGGAAGUGAAGAAGGAGAACCCGCUGCAGUUCAAGUUUCGGGCCAAAUUCUUCCCUGAGGAUGUGUCAGAGGAGCUGAUCCAGGACAUCACCCAGAAGCUUUUCUUCCUGCAGAUAAAGGAGGGCAUCCUGAGCGACGAGGUUUACUGUCCACCAGAAACGGCCGUGCUGCUGGCCUCCUACUCCGUCCAGGCUAAGUUUGGCGACUACAACAAGGAAGUUCACAGGCCUGGAUACCUGCUGUCUGAACGCCUGCUGCCACACAGAGUCCUGGAGCAGCACAAGUUAUCCAGAGAACAGUGGGAGGAGAGGAUUCAGGUGUGGCACGAGGAGCACCGCGGGAUGUUAAAGGAGGACGCCAUGCUGGAGUACCUGAAGAUCGCCCAGGACCUGGAAAUGUAUGGAGUCAACUACUUUGACAUCAAGAACAAGAAGGGAACAGAGCUGUGGCUGGGAGUGGACGCCCUGGGACUCAACAUUUACGAGAAGGAUGACAAAUUGACCCCAAAGAUUGGCUUCCCCUGGAGCGAGAUAAGGAACAUUUCCUUCAACGAUAAGAAGUUCAUCAUCAAGCCCAUCGACAAAAAGUCACCGGACUUUGUGUUUUACGCACCGAGACUGCGCAUCAACAAGCGCAUCCUGCAGCUGUGCAUGGGCAACCACGAGCUGUACAUGCGUCGCCGCAAGCCCGACACGAUUGAGGUGCAGCAGAUGAAGGCCCAGGCCAGAGAGGAGAAGCAGCAGAAACAGAUGGAGAGGGCCCAGCUGGAGAACGAGAAGAAGAAGAGGGAGGCCAUCGAGAAAGAGAAGGAGCAGAUGGAGCGGGAGAAGCAGGACCUGAUGCUGAGGCUGUACCAGUUUGAGGAGAAGACCAAGAAGGCGGAGAAAGACCUGCAGGACCAGCUGCAGAGAGCCAUGAUGCUGGAGCAGGAGCGGAGGAGAGCCGAGGAGGAGGCGGCUCGUCUGGAGGCCGAGCGUCAGGCUGCCCUGCUGGCUAAAGAGGAACUGGCCCGCCAGGCCGAGAACCAGAAGAAGAGUCAGGAGCAGCUGGCUGCAGAGCUGGCAGAGCACACAUCCAGGAUCACCCAGCUGGAGGAGGCCAAGAGACGCAAGGAGGAGGAGGCCGACACAUGGCAGCUCAGGGCCAAGGAGGCUCAGAACGAUCUGGUGAAGACCAGGGAGGAGCUGCACAUGGUGAUGACGGUGCCCCCGCCCCCUCCACCUCCCCCCAUGUACGACAACCUGGACGACAACAGCGACAGCGAGGAGAACACCAGCACGCACAGCGCCGACCUGCAGACCGAAGGCAUCAACGACCACCGCAACGAGGAGGAUCGCCUCACCGAGGCCGAGAAGAACGAGCGCGUCCAGAAACAGCUGAAGGCCUUGACCUCAGAGCUGGCGCAGGCACGUGACGAUUCCAAGAACACCCAGAACGACCUCCUCCACAGCGAGAACGUGCGGGCCGGCCGAGACAAAUACAAGACCCUGCGACAGAUCAGGCAGGGCAACACCAAGCAGAGGAUCGACGAGUUCGAGGCCUUAUAAAAAAAAAAGCCUUCGCCUCCCUCCCUCCCUCCCUCCUCCCUCCUCCUCCUCUCAGCCAACUCACCCUUUUUUCUGAAUGGUCACUACAUCUCGCUCCGCACACAAACUCACGUAUAACACACAUCAGCUGCAGACUAAACUGGAGCAGUAUAAGCACAGCAGAGAGACAAGCUCCUGGUGUGAGUGUGUCUGACGGUAUGCAGGGCUUUGCAAAUCCUUCGAAGAAAACUUAGUGCCAAAACCUUCCUCCUCUUCUCUCCUCUUCUCUCCUCCUUUCUCCUCCUCUCUUCUUAGUGUUUCACAUCUUCGUGCAUUUGAAUGUGUGUAAUUUGAUCACUGCAGACCAAAUCAUUAUUGUUUUUAUUUCAGAGGUGUGAUGAAGUAGUGGGAGUAGCAAAAAAAAGAAAAAAGAAAAAUUAUUAUUUCACGAACGUGCACAUACAGACAUGUAAUCAAAGCCUCGCUUGUUUUCGAUGUGUUGUGUAGGAAGUAAACGGACAGCUUGUCGUUCACGGCGACCACUCAGAAAGGGGGGGGAAACAGUAUAAGCAGGAAAAUGUAUGUUUGUCUUUGUUUUCCAUUUAUAUUUGAACACUUCCAUUUAUGUUUUAAUACUGCUUAUACAGUAGUUUGAAAUCAUGCUUAGUUUGAUAUUUAUACUGUAUAUGGGACAUAAAAAAAAGGGUAUUUCAUCUUGGUUUGUAUAUUUUUGCUAUGUUGCUGUCUACUAAUGAUAAAAGAAAAAAACAUUUAAAAUGUUUGAAAAGGUUUUAUAUAUUGACCAAUAUAAUAGCAGUCUUAUGUUCCAAUACUUUAGAUCACUAAAUUAAAGAGAUUUAAUUGUAAAUUAUUAUUAUUUUUUACCAUAGGAAAUAAACAGCUGCAUGCCAUUAAAUCAGUAAAGGAGAUCGCUGUCUUUUUAGGUACUUUUGAUUUUUGUUUUUUUGUUGUUUUUUUGCCGUGCAGUUCACAGCAUGCCGAGGAAUGUCUGUGUCCUCAGAGCGCUGUCGACCGGGACACUUAGGUUUAAUAUAUUUUAUUGCUCUGUUCUGUGUCAUGUCGCUGUUGGGUGAGAGAUGAGCAUGUGUUUGUGUUUGUGUGCUUUUUACCCUCCCAAGUGGCCUUUCUCUCCGGGUUCGGUCCCAGACGGUCGGUCCUCACUUCUUAGCCAAGGUGCACAGUCCAAAAAAAACCAAACUUCUUUUAGUGUUAGACCUCCUCUGAGGUUAAAAAGAGGGUUAUGGUGACCUUUAUAAAGAGUUUUUCAUUUUGCAGCUCGGUCAGGAUGGACCGACCCAGACAGUAUAACACCAACGUCUCACUCUCCUCUCUCUGGACAUGGACUAGAGUAGCAUCUACUGACACUGUAAUGGAAACACACAGCUCUGCUGGCCUUUGUAUAAGAGCAGGAUUUUAUAAUGAGGUGUUCAACAUAUUGGCAAUAAAGAAAAAUCUAUAAUUACA